AUGCGGAUUCUACGUCCUCAAUCGCAUGGGCAUGGAAGACUAUAUCCAACACAUCUACCCCGAAGACGAUAUCUCCGCACAUGGAUCAGACGAUCAUAUCCCGACUACGCCAGCGAACAGUCCUCAGCAGGAGCCGUAUCAGAAGUCGACAAACUAUUCGCAAAAUUCGUACUUACCGGUCCUCCUCCCACCGCACCAACCUCCACCAUGACAUUCCCAACAUCCACCUCAAGCAUGACCUUAGAAUCAUUAUUCGCCGCUCUGAGCGGGCCGGAAAUCGUCGGUCCAGCCCCUCCUCAUACGUCUUUAGCACCCUCAGCGUCAACGCCAGCUACGGGCAUCAAUUUGUUGGACCGCAUAUUCGCGUCUGCCGCUAACGUAUCCGCCCUUUCUCAUCAACCACAACAACAAGGGGCACCACGAAAGAUAUCCUCACCCACACCCACAUCCACAUCCACCCAAGCGCAAGUCCUCAACCAAGACGUCAUCAGCACGUUAUUGGGCCUACCGCCCUCACGUACCCCCUCAGCUGCGUCAAGCAGCCAUCCUAGUUCUAGGGAGAGUGAUAAUGAGGAUGAAAAUGAAGAUGAUGAGGCGGGGUCGCCUGUUAGUGGACGUGGUAAUGGGCUCCUAAGCGUGUUGGGGCAUGGUGGAGCGAGGAAUGGAAAUGGGAAGGGGGGACAACAAGCACACAAACACCAGGAGGAAGAAGACUCGGGAGAGGAGGAGGAGGAUAUCGUUGAGCUUGAUUUUGAGGAAACGAGUGUGUUGAGUGAUUUGGAUGCGUUUAGGAGGGCUGUUAGCGAGCAGAAGAGGGGUUUGGGGUCGCAGAAGGAUGGGCAGAGCUUGCAUACGCAUAGGGGUGUUGUUGUUGCAGCCUCGAGGAGAUUGAGAAGAGUUGGGAUGUUCCUGGGGUUUCAAGAUAGGCAGCAGCAGCAGCAAGUCAAAACGACGACGACGACGACGAGGUAUCUUACGCAGGCUGUUACCUCGCCACCUGCUUCUCCCUCGCCGCCUCUUUCGCCUUCUCUUGAGGAUAAUACGCCGCAAAUGCCUGUGUAUACGCCUCAAACAUCCGCGCACACGCCUCCGCCUCCAAGGUCUGUGCAUACGCCCCAAAUGCGUGUUCAUAUGCCUCCAAGGCCGGUACACACUCCCUCGGGGCCUGCGCAUACACCCUCACCGAGGAGGAUACCCUCGUUGUCGGACAUGAUGACGCCUACCAUGUCUGGCAAGACUAAUGGGGCUGGUACCGGUACCGGGAAGGGGAGGAAGGUUGCGCCAAGUUUGAAUGGGUCUGGGUCGGUUGGCAAGGGUACAGUUAAUGGGCAUGGGCAUGUUGAAAAGAACGGGGAAGAAAAUGGAAAUGGACAUGAACAUGCUUUGGUCCGGGGGAGCAUAGUGGCUGCUUUGAAUGCGCAUGCGCAGCCGAGACUCGGAGGAGCGACUGGGAUGGGGAUGGAGAGGAAUGAGUUUGUGAGGGAGGUGUUGACGCUUAUUCAUAUUGACAAGGCGUUUGUGGAUACGCUUUGGCAAGAGUAUUUGGCGCGGUUGCAAUGA